AUGUUCGACAAGGAGAGCCUUAUCCAGUUCAUGGCCGGUUCUGGAUGCUACAGUAUCGUUCAGAUGAUUUUACUCGUUGUCCUGGGCGCACUGCUCGUGGAUAAUGAACACUAUCAUCAGUUAUUGGGUUUGAGAAUCCGCGACGUGGGCGGUGGCCUCAUUUUCACAGGAGUCUUCUAUUUGUUUACCGCGGUGCUUGGACUUGCCACUGCUCGAACCAAGAACAAGUGUCUGCUACUCGCCCAGCUCAUUCUAUUGGUGUUUCUGCUCUUCUUUCAAACUGUCAUGGGUGGGGUCGCUCUUACUGCUAGUAGAGCUCCCAGUCUUGCAUUGAGCUACGGGGCGCAAGUGGCUUGCCUAACUGUGGGGAAGUACGAGGCACUGAGCGACCAAGACAAACAAACGUGUCAACAUUUUUUCCGCAGUGACGAAUUCGCUGGUGCCAUGCUGGUGUGGCAGUCUUACUACAUUAAAAGUGCCGUGGGGGGUGAUGACACCGGCUCUUAUCGUGCCAUGGUGCUGGAAUUUCAGCGAGAUAAUUUUUGCUGUGGUUAUGGGCUGCCCAUUCACUGCACUCCUGAUACCAGUUCAUUCCCAAGUUCUCAUCCAGAUCCAGUGGUACCCAAAUGGGACGAUCAGCGUCAAGUUUGCUCUAAUACCACAGGUUUGUAUCUACCUACGCCUGAGUGCCAAGGCGCAUGCUCGUUUGCGCUUCCAAGUGGAACUUGUGGUAAAAAUCCGGUUACGGGUGUCUCGCGUGGCUGUGCUGCGUUCGUAUCGAAACAGUUAAGCACCCAAGUCCAAGUUAUUGCUGCCAUUGCACUGGCAUUCGUGGUCUUCCCGAUCAUCUUUAUCAUUGGAUCUGUGUGUCUUUGCUUCAAGCGAAGAGACCAAGAUGUUCGACCGCAAAUUGAAUUUGCGAGCAAAGUUAAGAUUCACGCAGAAAUGUGA